AUGGCUGUUUGGGAGACCGAGGAUGAGUCCAAAGGCCACGCUGCCGUGACGGCGUUGCCAACACCACAGGACACGCCUUACAGAACACCAUCACGAAGCUCGAGAAAAUCCCGACGCUCCGUCACCCCGCCGAACGGGAAGAAGAGCCCUUCGCCUCCUCCCGUCCCACAGAACGACAAGGGCUCUAAGCGUUCAUCCAGAAAUAUGACCAACGACGAUGGCAUCAGCGUUCUCGACCCACGUCGUUUCACUCCCACCUUACACGCCAAUCUCGUAGCCGAGAUCCUGAACCUGAGGCGAGAUCAGGAAGAAAAGGCGAAGCUUAUCGAGAACCUAGAAGUAUCCUUGCACGCCUCCCGCCAGGAGCAGGAGACACUUCAAGAGACAGUAGCCACCACAACGAAACAAAGCCGUUCUCUACAACGACAACUUGCUCUCCUGGAAGGUGGUACCUCGUCAGCACUGGGCGAGCUCGCCCGCGAGAGGGACGAAGCCGUCGACUCCAUCACAGAAACGAAAAGGAGACUCGAUUCCGCCCAGAAGAGGAUCCGAAGUCAGGAAGAAGACUCCCAGAGAGUUCAUGACCUUUGGGCCCAGGACAAGGACUCUUGGGAGGAAGAGAAGCGCAAGUAUGAGCGUAGAGUUCACGUCGCCGAGAGUCGCUUGAAGGUGGUAAUAGACGAGGUCGCCGCUUACCAGGCUGCACAAGUUAAUGGCAACGGCAAUGAUAGCGAGACGGAGGAUCAAAACGAUGCGGGAAGUGUGAGGACUAUGAGUCUGACUAACAGCGUCCGAUUCUCCAUGCAACAGAGCCCCGGCAAGGUCUUUAAUGGAAACUCGCUGGCGGACGAGCUCAACCUCGAUGGCGACGACGACUGGCAGACUGACGAUGGCGGACGCGAGAGCGCCAUGUCCAACUAUCGCCACACACGAACAUUCAGCCGCGACAGCAUUUUGUCCAAGAUUCACCGACGACAACAAAGCAUGGAGAGUCCCCAGCGUCCUGGAAGCGUUACUAGAGGUAGACUUUGGGUGAAUCAGCCCGUCCUGGAGGCCCUGGAAGACGGGAUCCAAGAGAACGAUGAGGAUCUGAUGCCGCCUCCGCCGCCGCCGGCUCCCAAGGUCAGCUACACCGACACAGGAAUUCAAUUCUCGCCUCCUCCUUCACCGAAGAUGGAACCUGUCAAGCCUUCUACGCCGGAACCGCCAGCCAAGAUCGAAAAGCUCGCCGAAGUCGAGGCCUCUCCAAGAGGGGAAUGGGAAGUUGAGGCCAACCAAAGACGGAAACGGGUUCACACCAACCGACCACUGUCGAUCGAGCCGCGUUCUUUCAACCACAUGGUUUCUGCUGGUUCACAGACUGUUGAUGAGCCUUUGAGCCCUCCCAAAACCCCAAAGUCACCCUACAGAUCUGCCACCCCGCCUCCCCCCGAAACACCGCCUACGGUGAUGGUUUCCUCCUCGACUCAGACCGACAAGCCAGUGGAGAAGCCUCAGACACCUCCAGUUCUGCGACCAGUGCAAGAAUUGACCAUCCCGUCCAUCAGUAUCAUCCCGCCGACGAGUCGUCCGACUACACCACGAGAACACAGGCUUCCACAAUACGUCAAAGACUUUGGAUGCCAGGUAUCAAUCAUCUCCUCAGCUCCCAUGAGAUCCACCGCUGUUCAGACGGAGGAGAUUCUUUCUGACAAGCGACUGGCGACACUCCCUGUCCACUUGCGUCCCUCGGCUAUAACGUCCAGGCCCUCAUCACCUAGCAUCGGUAUUGCCACUGCCGUGACGAAUGACGACCCACGCCAUUUUACUCCGGUGCCGGGACAUUUGCCACCAAGAAAUCCUCGAAGACUCGCUACAAAGCGCAGCCUGUCAGACAUGCCCUCCUCACCGCCAGUCUCACCAGUCUUUGGCGAGCAAACCCGCGACGCAUACCCUGGAAACAACGAUGACGGGCCACUGUCGAGAGAAGGGGCGCCUAUGAGACGACCACACCGCAUCAGCAGCCUGUUCGCCGGCUUUCAAGAUGCACAAAGCUCCGAUGAGGCGGACGAGUUUGAUGCUGAUAUGAGCGACUCCGAGUACCGAACCGCCCUUUCUGCCCCUGGCAUGAGAAUGACGGACUCGCGAGCUUCCAACCGCACGUCGGUCAGUACCUUCACAUCGCCGGAACAAACGAAGAGGUCAGCCCCUAGCAGGAACUCCAUGCGCCCCACCGCAAACGAGAGCUAUGGAGGCAGUCUGGAAAGCAGAGAAGCACCCAAAAGGCAGUCUGCCAAGCCCACUGCCCGCGGGUAUGAGAAGGCUGCUCCUGGGCCUUCGGGCAAGAACGUCAUGCGCAAGGCUGCUAUGAUCCAGAGCGGAAUUGCCAGCCACCAAGGCCGUCCUAGGAGCCCGAGUGUUCCAGAGUCUCGUGCACCCGACCCUCCUUUCCCCAUUCCUACCAGAGCCAGCUCUCGGCGACCGCCAUUCAGUGCCAGCGCUCCGAGCGAUGGCCAACGGAGUCCUACAAAGAUGGACGCACCGUGGCACCGCCGAGGAAUGGGCCGCAACCACUACCGUGCCGGCAGCAUCCACCGUGCCAACAGUAUCCGUAAGGUGCGAUCAGCUGCUGCCCUUCCUCGUAACCAGAGGAACCGGAGGCAAAGCAGGUCCCCGCCGCCCUUCUCGGAGACAACCGAAGCGCCGGAGAGCCCCAGUCUGCCUCCUCUUCCCUACAAUGACAUUACCAGCCCUCGGUACGACACCAGCUCGAACUACCGGUCCCAUAAGUCCAGGUUGUCGACAACAACGGCCCAGACCGCUACCACCGAUGUCAACUCUGUCGGUGGUGCAUCCAACGGCGCCUCGCAAGCCACGGGUGUCGUCGAUGCCAUUGCGCAGACCAUGGUUGGUGAAUGGAUGUUCAAAUACGUCAGGAGACGCAAGUCGUUUGGGAUGCCCGACAACAGCAAGGACGACUCAAGCAACGACCGCCACAAGCGAUGGGUCUGGCUAGCUCCGUAUGAGAGAGCUAUCCUCUGGAGUAGCAAGCAACCUUCAUCUGGCAGUGCCCUGAUGGGCAAGACUGGCCGGAAACUGACCAUUCAGUCUGUACUCGACGUCAAGGACGACAACCCCGCUCCGAAAAACCAGGGUGCUGUUUUCAACCGUUCGAUCCUCAUUUUGACUCCGCAAAGAGCGUUGAAGUUUACGGCUACGUCUUCUGAGAGGCACUACGUGUGGCUGACGGCGCUUUCAUUCCUGGCACACUCGACCCAAGCAAUCCCUGAAAUUGUCGCUGCUCCCCAACCUGCGAAACCAACCACGGUACCGGACUUUGAACCACCGCAACCUACCAGGCGACCUGGCAUUCGUGACUCCAUUCGACUGACAAAGAGCAAGGCCCCUUCGAUGAAGAAUCCCGGACCGCGAAGUGUUCCAAGUGUGCCUAGCAUCCCCAGUAUCCCCUCUUCCAGGACAGGCGACGCCUCUGGCUACAAACAAACGGAGGCAUUCCCGCCCAUGCCGAGUAACAACAACAACAACAACAACAACAACAACAACAACAGCAGCAGCAACAAUAACAAUAACAACCAUCAACGUGAGCGCUCUGGAGACGCGGCGGAACCACCAUUUAUCCCUCGGUUCACGGAGCGCUCGAACCAGAACGCGGUCCACGGACGGAAGCGAAGCAAUACGGGAGGCCACGUCCCGCCCCCGCUGUCCUUCCGUGGAUUUUCCGGACCAGGUAGCGUUGGACAGCACAGCUACACCAAUAGCAAUGCUGGCAACAGCGUUGGUACAGCCGGCUCGUCCGAUAUCUACCAGUCCCAGCCAUCUCAAGGCUCAAGCAGGCAGAGCUGGGGUAUGAGCACAGCCGGCUCUCAGCGGACCUCGGAAGCCUCGUCGAGACCUCCAGGUGCGAACUUCUUCGAUGCCAUUGGUACCGUGCGUAUGGAGGCCUUCAUCAGCCCGUUGGGCAACUCGGGCUUCGACAGAGACCCUGAUGAGUACGAGGAAUACGGAUACCGGGCUCGCAGGCGCAGCAAGGAGCUCCGAAGACGUCAGAGUCGCAGCCGUCACCGUGAUAGCUAUAGCUCUCGCGGGACGCGCGGCACAGACGGCUACCACGGUAGCAGCCGAGCGACCGUGGAAGACGACUACUUCCGAGAUGACCCUUUCAAGGGCUUCUAA